AUGUCAACGAAGGGAUUUCUGGUGCUCCUCUUGCCUGAGCCUCUAACCUGGCUAUGGUUACGUAUCGGUUUGGAAGGUGAAAAUAACGGAAUCUCAAGAGUGGAACGGGUCAAUACCCUCACCCGCUCUCUCUCUUCAAGAAUAGAAUCCCUUUGCUAUUGGUUAAAGCCCAGAACCAGACAGAACAAUAACACAAAAGAAGAAAUAUUUAAACCAACUCCAAGAAAAAAUAUGGAGCAGCACAAGAGGAGUUGUCGACAGGGGACAAAGAAAGUUCUGCUAGGCAUGAGUAAUAAAUCCGGUGGUAGCGGUAUAGAAGGGGUCGUUGUGUGGGGUGGAGCCUUGGCUAUUGCAAGCCUGGUAGCUUUUACGAUCAAGAAAGGCAGUAGGAAAGAUGGCAAUAAGGAUACAACGAAUUUGGCAGCUAUCGACUCUUGCAGGAAGGAAGAACAUGAAACUGAAGGGCUAUCUUUUAUCCUUCAGGAGGAUUCCUCUUCAACUCUACAUCAAAAUUCAUGUUGCACAAACCAUGGAACAUCAGAGAUUGGUAUCACCCAAAUCGAAGCAUGCGAAUUGGUCUCGAUCCAAAGUUUGAUCACCUCGGUAACAAGACCCCAUUCCAUUGCUGCGUUUGCAACUUUUUUUUUUAAUUUUUAUAUUAAGUCAUAA